AUGAGAAAGGUCCAGAACCCGUCAGUAUCGAGGCAUCACCUACCCGUCGCUCUGCGCGGCCCCAGUUCCCUGCACCCGAUCAACCGUACCCGCAUUGCCUGGGGCCCGUCCGAUCCACGUCUUCGUCCAUUACCAACUCCUCACCUCCUCCCCACCCUCUCCUUCCUUCCUUGCGCCCACACCCGCCAACCUCACGUGCAUUGCCGCCCCACCUCCUCCCCGUGCGCGCCAUGCGAUCUCGCCUGCCCACACUCCCCGCGCAACACAGCAACCACUAUCCCCGAAACCCUCAACCCUGUUGCCUCUGCGCUUCCCGCCCCCUUCGCUCCGCACCCCAAACGCUCUCCCGUGCUGCCUCUCGCCCAAUCCGACACCUCCUCUCCAUCCCCAAUUUCCGUCCCCCGCUCCCCGCUCCCCUUGGCGCGCGCGCAGGUGGUGCUGGACGUGGGCACGGGCAGCGGCAUUCUCGCCAUCUGGGCGGCGCAGGCGGGCGCGCGGCGCGUGUACGCGGUGGAGGCGACGGACAUGGCGCAGCACGCGGAGACGCUGGCGCGCGCCAAUGGCGUGGCGGAGCGCGUGACGGUGCUGCAGGGGAGCAUGGAGGAUGUUCAGCUGCCCGAGAAAGUGGACGUGAUAAUAAGCGAGUGGAUGGGGUACUUCCUGGUGCGCGAGUCCAUGCUCGACUCCGUGCUCGUCGCCCGCGACCGCUGGCUCAAACCGGGCGGCUCCCUGUUCCCAAGCCAUGCGCGCAUGUGGGUGGCGCCGGUGCACUCGAGCCUGUGGGAGGGGCGCAUGGGGGAGUUCCGCAGCAGCAUGGGCGACUGGCGCAGCUUCGUGCGCGGCACACGGGAGGACUAUGGCGUUGACAUGGCGGUGCUGGAUCAGACCUAUGAGGCCGAGCAGCAGAAAUACUUCCUCCAAACAGGGUGUUGGGAGUCGCUGUACCCCUCCCAGGUGUUGGGGCGGCCGGUGAUGAUCCGCGAGAUAGACUGCGCCACGGCCACCGUGGCAGACGUGGAGGAGGUCAAAGCGCACUUCACCACUCGCGCCUUCGCUGCUGAUAAAGCCGUCAACGCCAUCGGAGGGUGGUUCGACGUGCUCUUUAAGGGAUCAGCCACGGACCCAACGGAGCACGAGGUGCAGCUGACGACAGCGCCCAGUGUGGACGAGGGCACGCACUGGGGGCAGCAGGUCUUCCUGCUCGCACACCCACUGCACGUGCGCGAGGGAGAUGAGGUGUCAGGCGCCAUGCACAUCCGGCGGUCCAAGAAGAACCACCGCCUCAUGGACGUGGACCUGCAGCUGCAGUGCCAACACACCGACGGCUCCCGCUCCCCCAACACCACCGCCGCUUACUUUAUCGAGUAG